CGAGCAUCCGGACGACUAGUAGCCAGGGCGGCGGCGGCAGCGUCGGCAGAUCCACCCACACUUCAGCAUGAUCGCGGGUCCUCGUGUGGUGAGGGUGCGCCAGGCGGCCCCCAGCAGCGGAGGGGCGGGUGGCGUGCCGUGCUGCGGCUGCUGCCGCUGCUGCAGCUGCCUGCACUUUGCCUUCCUCUCCACCACACCCGGCAAGAUCAAGGUCGCCGAGGCCGUGCUGGGGGCCGUGUGCCAGGGCCUGCUGGUGCGCUACGGGCUGCAGCAGUCGGCGCUGAUCGGCAAGUCCUUCUACAGCUUCCUCACCACCGCGUCGGCCUGCCUCCUCACCACCAGCGUGCUCAUCGCCUCCUACCUGCUCUCCGAGAAGUCGUUCAGCCUCGUCAGAUCGUCUCUUUUCGAGACGCUGUUCAACGGCACGGCGGCCUUUCUGUACCUGAGUGCGUCCAGUUACCUGGCGCACGCCGUGCUGACCGACCUGUGGAACAUGUACACCGUCACGCCGUUCUUCCAGGCCUACCCUGCCAUGACGGCGGCUUACGUGCUGGGCGUGGUGCUUGGGAUACUACACGGCUGGGACGCUUACCUCGCGUACAAGCAUUUUCGGGGCAUCUGCUGACGUCGUUAAUGCCGCACUUACUUCCGGGCGUCGUGUCCACAACUAACUGGAAUUUUGGCUGUCUAAUAUAGCGAUUUAUUUCCAUGGAAACCUCUUAUUUUGUAUUUCAUUUUUUAUCUAUUUAUUAUCUUUUAGUAAUAAAACCAUUAUAAAACCA